AUGUCGACUACUGCCAGUUCUGGUGACGCAGACCAAUACCGUCUCCCCACCGAUGUUAAACCAACCCACUACGAUGUAACUAUCAAGACGGACCUCGAGAAUCUUACAUUUGAGGGUCUCGUCAAGAUUAGCCUGGAUGUUAAGGCGGAGACGUCUCAAAUUGUUCUCAACGCCACUGACUUGGAUCUUGGAAAAGCUUCUCUCUAUUCUGAUGCUCUGAAGACAGAACAAGUUACAAGCGUCACCGCGAUUGACAAGACACAGGAGCGCGUCACAUACCAAUUGACUGACAAGCUUCCUGCUGGUUCUAAAGCCGAGUUGAAGAUUGCCUUCGCUGGAAAGCUCACCGGAGCUAUGAUGGGGUACUACAAGUCGUCUUGGGAGAAUGAAGGAAAGACCGAAUAUUAUGCACUUACACAAUUUGAGGCAUGCAUCCACCCUUAUCCUACUGCUGCACGUCGCGCGUUCCCCUGCUGGGACGAGCCUCUCCUCAAGGCAACCUUCUCUAUCACCAUGAUUUCUCGUGCCAACACCGUCAGCUUGAGCAACAUGCCUGCUAUAUCUGAAGAGCCGCUUCAGGACGGCGUCAAUUCAGCCCCUGAACUCGCGGAUAUUGUCGCCUCCACCAAAAAUGAGGAGUGGAAAAUUACCAAGUUUGAGAAGACACCUCCAAUGUCUUCAUACAUUGUCGCGGUAGCCAAUGGUCCCUUCAAAUUCUUGGAAACAUCAGUCGUCAUGCCUUUGAGCGGAAAGACAAUCCCCCUUCGGAUUUACACUACUCCUGACCUUAUACACCAGGCGCAGUAUGCUCUCGAUGUCAAGGCCGCUGUUCUUCCUCUUUACGAGAAAAUCUUCGACGUCGAGUAUCCCCUUCCCAAGUUGGAUACCCUCGUUGCAAGCGAUUUCGAUGCAGGCGCCAUGGAGAACUGGGGGUUGAUUACUGGGCGCACGAACGCGUUCUUGCUUGAUCCUGAGCGCAUCGAUUUGCAGGCUAAGAAGCGCGUCGCCUCGGUCCAGAGUCACGAAGUCGCGCACAUGUGGUUUGGAAAUAUCACAACGAUGGAAUGGUGGAACUAUCUUUAUCUUAACGAAGAUGGGCGAAGUGAUUAUACCAGAGUGUACCCAGAAUGGCGUGUCAACUCGGAAUUCAUCACUGAUCAUCUUAGCCGCGCGUUGAGUCUCGACUCCAAGCUCUCUUCUCAUCCCAUUGAGGUCGAAUGCCCUGAUGCUAAUCAUAUCAACCAGAUCUUCGAUGCAUUGUCUUACUCCAAAGCUGCUUCAGUACUUCGCAUGUUGUCCUAUUAUGUUGGCGAGGAGAAGUUCCUCAAAGGUGUUUCCAUUUACCUCAAGAAGAAGCUCUUUGCAAAUAGCGUCACGCACGAUCUCUGGGAUGGCAUCAGCACCUCUACUGGACUUAACAUCACAGAGCUUAUGGAAAAUUGGAUCACCAAGAUUGGUUUCCCUGUUGUCACUGUUACUGAGAAUGAAAACGGAAUCACCGUUCGUCAGGACCGAUUUCUGGAGACGGGCCCUGCUGAGCCCAAGGACAACGAGACUAUCUGGAAUAUCCCUUUGAGUAUCUUGUCAACCAAAGACGGGAAGGCUGUCAUUGACAGGACACCAAUCUUGACUGAACGCGAGAAGUCAAUUCCAUUGGACACAACCAAACCAUUUAAAUUGAAUGCUGGAACCAAUGGUGUUUACCGAGUUUUGUACACUCCAGAGCGACUGGCUUUGAUUGCUGCUGAAGCAGCCAAGGAAAAUUCUGUCUUCUCCUUGGAGGACAGGAUGGGUCUCGUGUACGACGCCAUGGCGUUAGCGAGAGCUGGGUUCAGCAAGCUGAGCAGCUCUUUGAACUUGGUCGAUGGUUUGAAGAGCGAGAAAGAAUUCCUUGUAUGGCAGGGCAUUUCCGGAAGCCUUGGAGGUGUGAAGGAUGUCUGGUGGGAGUCCCCCGAAAUUACGGAGAAGCUCGAUGCAUUCAGCCGAAGCCUCUUCGUUCCUUUGGUCAAAAACCUUGGAUACGAUUACCCUAAAGAUGAAAGUAUCGAUGCUUCCCAGCUUAGGACUCUUGCGGUCGGACAUGCAUAUGCAGCGGGGGAUGAAGGCGUUACAAAUGAAUUGCGAGGUCGAUUUAGGCUGUACCAGGAGACUGGCGAUGACUCCAAAAUUCCCGCUGAUCUUCAGCGGGUCAUUUACAGUGCGGCCGUUGAACACGGAGGUCGCGCGGAGUACGAUGCCAUGGUGAAGAUUUAUGACAAGCCCAAAACUCCAUCUGAGAAGAUCGCGGCCAUUCGUGCUAUGGGAGUUACCCAAAACGAAGCCUUGCUUGAAGAUACUUUCAAAUUCAUCUCGACUAAAGCUAGAGAUCAGGACGUCAUCUACUUCUUCGCCUCAUUAGCCACGAACUACAAGGCAAGGAGGGCACUGACCAAGUACCUCCAAGAUGAAUAUGAUGCGCUGUACAAGCGAUUCGAGGGUAAUUUCACUCUCGGAACGCUGAUUUCGCAAACUAUCAAUUUCUACUCGACAAAGGAAGACUAUGCCAAGGUUGAGGCAUUCUUCCAGGACAAGGACAAGUCUAAAUAUAACCAAUCGCUGGCGCAGGCGUUGGACAGCAUCCGAGCGAGGACGGACUACCGGGAGGUGCGAAUGACCCUCCGCGAUGCUGUCCUCAACUCACCCAUACAACGGAGGGCCACCCACCUCUCUGUUCUCCUCAACCAGGACGACAGUACCCCCCCUCCCCGCCACUCCUCAAUACAUUCACUGCUCUCGCCCCAGGACGACGCCCUCGCCUCUCUCGAGCCCAUACGCAGGUCUUCUAUGGACAUUAACUACAUCUCACCAGCAGAAUCUCGAAGACAGUCCUUUGUAGAGUCACCGAGACCGUCAUCAUCGUCCGCAGAUUCAGCGCCCCCACGCUCGACAGCUUCCCCCAUUUCUAUACCCUACAAUCCUCGCAAACGUAUAACAAAGGCCGAUUCUGUUCUCAUUCCGCUUAGCCAGUCAGAGAUCGAGAAAUACAAGAACUUUCGUGGCGCCGGAGCCAUACGACUUACGUCGAAACGGAAACGUGCAGCGAGUGAUGAGCCAGAGGAGGAAUCACGACCGGUGAAGCGGCAUACAGGCGAUGUUGGUAUCGUUGCUCACCAUUAUAACUCCCGGCCUGAUGUUGGUGUCGAACAACGCUCAUUAUCCCCUAUUAUCGGUCUCAAGGCUUUCAACAACUGGGUCAAGUCGGUUCUUAUCACCCGAUUUGGACAUCCUGUAUUCGAAAAAAGCUCUGUAUCAGGCCCUCUUGCAGGACCGGGUCGCAUGCGAAUAGCUAGAGGAAAGGUGCUAGAUCUGGGAUGCGGGAAGGGCGGCGACACUACAAAGUGGGCUAAGGCCCAUAUCAAAGAAUAUCUCGGUGCUGACAUCGCUGCCGUGUCCGUUGACCAGGCUAGAGGACGUUGGGAGAGUCUACGUGGGCCUCGAUUUGAUGCAAUGUUUGCUGCCUUGGACUGCUUUUCACAACCGAUCUCGAAGGCAUUCCCACCCGCUAAACUAGCACAACCGUUUGACGUAGUCUCCAUGCAAUUCUGUAUGCACUACGCAUUCGAGACUGUGCAGAAGGCGCGAUGUAUGCUCGAUAAUGUCAGUCGGUAUUUACGGAAAGGUGGUGUCUUCAUCGGUACAAUACCAAACGCAGAUUUUCUCCUAGACCGUCUCGACGAAAUCCCUGAAGACACUGACGACCUUUCAUUCGGCAAUUCGGUAUACAGGAUUACCUUUGAAGAUCGUGAACGCCCUGUGUUUGGUCAUAAAUAUACCUUCUUCCUUCAAGAUGCCGUGGAAAAUGUACCGGAAUACGUCGUCCGGUGGGAUAAUUUUGUGCAAAUGGCCGCAGAGUAUGGUCUGCAUCCAAUCUACAGAAAACCGUUCCACGAAGUCUUCCAGGAACACAUGGAACAUCCCGAAUUCCAACCCCUCCUUAUUCGCAUGAAGGUCGUCAACGAGAAUGGUGAAAGCUCGAUGACGGACGAUCAAUGGGAAGCUGCAAAUAUAUACAUCGGAUUCGCUUUUGAGAAGCGGUAG